ACAACUCUGCUUUUGCAAAAUAAUUUAUAAAAAUUCUCCACUUAACCUACAAAUUAGUAUUGCCAGCCAAAACUAUUAGUAGUAACUAAUCAAAUGAGUUCAGUUCAACAAUAAAAUCAUAUUGUCAACUUUGAGCUAAGUUACACCCAAAAGAACCUUCUAAGUUUUAAUCAAUGGGAAACGGAGUGGGAUCAUAAACAUAAUAGUAGUCGUCUUCUUGAGAUCGUGGUCUCAAAUGGUGGGCUCUCAAUUUUGACAAGGAAGCAUAAUAAUAAUCGAUCUCUCCACUAUAAAACCAAAACAUAAUUAAUCUAGCACCACAAAGGUAGAGAGAAUAAAAUGGGGACCGACAAAAAGAUACUUCCAAAACGCAUCAUACUCAUGCGCCACGGCGAGUCCGCCGGCAACAUCGACCAAGGGGCUUACGCAACCACGCCCGACCACAAGAUCCCUCUGACGGAAGAAGGACGAGCGCAGGCACGUGAGGCCGGUAGGAAGAUGAGAGCCCUGAUCUCAGCUCAAAGCGGCGGCACGUGCGGAGAGAAUUGGCGCGUAUACUUUUACGUGUCCCCGUACGAGAGGACGAGGACAACGCUGAGGGAAGUAGGGAAAGCGUUCUCGAGGCGGCGCGUGAUAGGAGUGAGGGAGGAGUGUAGGAUCAGAGAACAAGAUUUUGGGAAUUUUCAAGUGGAAGAUAGGAUGAGAGUUGUGAAGGAGACGAGGGAACGUUUUGGAAGAUUCUUUUACCGUUUCCCGGAGGGUGAAUCUGCUUCCGACGUCUAUGAUCGUGUUUCAAGUUUCUUGGAGUCUCUAUGGAGAGACGUGGACAUGAACAGGCAUCAAGUGGAUCCAUUGAGUGAGCUAAACCUAGUGAUUGUGUCCCAUGGGCUGACCUCUCGUGUGUUUCUAAUGAAAUGGUUCAAGUGGACGGUGGAAGAGUUCGAGCGGCUGAACAAUUUAGGGAACUGCGAGUUCAGAGUGAUGGAGUUAGGUGCAGGAGGAGAGUACACCUUUGGGAUACACCACACUGAAGAAGAGAUGUUGGCUUGGGGCAUGUCUAAAGAUAUGAUUGAUGAUCAAAUGGUUCGUGUUAAUGGUUCUCGUGAAACGUUGAACGAUUGUUGUACAUUGCAACUCGAUGAGUAUUUCGAUUUGUUAGAUGUGACUGACGACGAAGAAUGAUGCUGAUUAUUUGUAUGUACAUUGCUAUUGUACGUGUUUGCUUUUGGAAAAAAAAAACUAGUAAUUAUAUCAUUUGUUGUUUGGUUUCAUCACUUGUAAAUCAAGUUUAGUAGUAUUGAAA